GGCGCACUUUCCUUGAGAAAAGUUUCCCCAGAACGCCAAACAGUGAAGUAUUUGUGGCUUUUCCUCGCAGUUUCUCGUCACUCGCUCAACAACGUGGACUUUUGGCUCACUUUGAAACACCUCUUGGAGAAUAAACAAUCGAUACAAAGCGGGGAAUACGUGUGAUGGGAUGAGAGCGAUAAUCGGUCGCAUUAACCAAAGCAGUGAGACAGGAUGGAGAAGCAAACGACUCUGAAAGAAAAGUUUUCAGUCUUUGGCUCUCGGACAGCGGGAAGACCUUUCCGGUGUGUUUCUGGAGAUGGAGGGGCCAGGUUUGGUCUCAGCAAAGCCGAGUUCAUGGAGAAGGUGCAGCAGAGCAACGAGGCGUGUCAGCGUGGGGACUUUCAGACGGCCGUCCAUUUGUACACUAACGCCCUGCAAGCCGACCCACAGAACUGCAUCCUGUACAGUAAUCGCUCAGCAGCACUUCUCAAACUGGGACAGCACCUGGCGGCGCUGGAUGAUGCUGAAAAAGCUUGUGAGCUCAACCCCAAGUGGCCCAAG